GAUGCUGCCCAUGUAACAGUGUGGGCUUUUUGCUAUUUAAAGUUAAUGAGAAGACUUUUCUGAACCCUUGGGCAUUCCACAGAACCUUCUUUUAUAUCAAAUUCUGCUGGUAUCCAUUUAUUUAUUAGUACAAAAAGAUUGCUGUCUUUUCUGCAAGAUUAUUUUUGUUGUGGUUAUCAGAAAUCAGUUCCAAAAAUUUAAGCUCAGGUUAGGGGGCCAUUUACCCUGCAGGUCCAGGGGAUUCUUAAAACCCUACAGAGGAUGUGCUUGGAUCCGGUUGGAAACUAUACGUGGGACAAGAAAGCCCUGGAACCCCUUGGGCAGAAGCCAGUUCCUUUUCUGUCCUCUGGGGUUCCGGGGCCCCCUGGGACUGGUUUACUCUGAGCAGCAUCUUCACAGGUCAGUCUUUGCUCACUGGUCUUUGCCUAGACAUUGAGAGCACAUGGAGGAGCUUGCAGCCUGAACCAGAGUGGACCCUGUUCAUCCCAGUUUCUGGUUCUCAGAGAACGAAUUCAAUGUCUCAGGUUGGGUCAUGUGUCCAGCUUUGGCCAAAACACGAGUUUGGAGUCCCAUAGUAUGAACAUGACUUGGCAUUGGGAAAUACGGUGCUUACAGAAUCACCAUGGGCUCGGCAGCCACUCUAGACAAAAGGCAUCAUCUACAAUCUCCACCUCCACCCCCCAACCGAAAGAAAAAGAAAGUAAAUCUAUGCCUCUCAGGACUUUGGAGAACAUUCAAAUUAUGUCUCUUUUUGUUUCAUCUCCUCUCCCACCUGUAAUGGGCUGUCACUUUUAAAAAACCUUUAAAAAUUAUAUUUAUUGAAUGCUUAUUAUAUAGUAGGUGGUGAAUGAGUAAAAGCUAUCAAGCUUUAUGUUUCUGUUGUUUGGAAAUAUUCUCCAGUCUUCCUUUUAAAUUCUCUCUCUCUUCGCAAAAGAAAAUAAAACGGCUGUUUAGACAGUUUGGUGUACUGAAAAGGGAACUAAAUAACACCAAAGGCCUCCGUUCUGGUUCUAGUUUCAAACCAUUUAUUUGCUGGGUAAUCUUGAGCAAAUUAUGACCUCUCAGUUUGUUUCCUCAGUAGUAAAAUGGAGAUCAUAAUAACAGCUCUUUUGAACACAGUGUUAUUGUGAAGAUAAAAUGAAAGAAUAUAUACAAACGUGAUAGUUUUUUUUUCUUUUUUCCUAUUGCAGAAAGAUUUCUGACCCCUAUUCUGAGAAAAGUUACUAUUUUUAAAUGCUUAUUUUUAGUAGUUGCCACUACCAUUUUUCUCCAAGAAUAGGGUUUCUCUUAAAGCAUUUUUACAGUAUUCAGGCUAGUAAAUGGUGAAUUCUUUUAAAAGCAAACACUAUCUUGGGGGAGAUUUUACAGCACUCAAGAUCUGAUGACUUCCUGGAAUACUUGGAGAUAUAGCUGAAGUAUUCUGAUGGAAAAUUGAAAACUAGCUUGACCUGGAGAAGUAAGGUCAAGCACAUAUGAUGCCAGUGUUAUUCUGUCUGCGUCUCCAGCCUACCUUGAAGGAAUAACCAUCAGGGAGGUGGCUAUCUGUAGCAUAACAUCUUUAGUGGCUGCUUCUAUCCUGGGAAUUUGUAGUUUCCCUUGGAGUGAUUUGGCAUACUUGUAAAAUUUGGCAAAGCUGUUUAGGAUGCAAAGAAAUGAAUUUUGGCUCAGGACAGACAUGUUAAACAGGAUAGUGGCUUUUAUUGGAAAUAAGGCAGAAAAGAAACACUAAAAUAGAAAUCAGAGAAAAAUUUUUAAAAGGUAAGAGACUGGGAUGCAGUUUGAAAUCUGAGAAACAGCUGGUUUAUAAAGGUUGUAGGAAUGAUUACAUUGCUGAAUAAUAUUUUGUGAGUGAAUAAAACAAACUGUUUAAAAAGGGAGAGGGGAGGGAUAUGAUCCAGGAGCAACUUAAAAGCCAAUAACGGUAAUUAUGAAUAAAUGUUCAAACAUGGCAUAAAGUUUCAGCCACUGAGUUUGGCAGAAGCUUUAUUAGCACCUCAAACCUUAGAAAUAUUUGGCUUGCCACCUUCGAGUGUAUGAUAAUAAAUAUGAGUUGAGGAAAGCAGUAUUCCUGCCUCCCGACCUUGAUGAAUAGCUAGUGAGGAUUAUAGGAAGAGAAGUGUAUUGCUAGUGAAUUUUUCAUAUGAAAGCAGCCUGCCUUGUGCUUUAUACUUGAACAGCAUCUGUGCCAUAGUUGUGUCGUUGCCCAUAUUUGCUGUUCUUUCUCUCCUGCUGCCUGUCAGUCUUGAACACCAGCUUAAUUUCUAACUCUGGCUUGUUAAUACACCAGCUUAAUUUCUAACUCUGGCUUGUUAAUCUCUGGUCCCUUGAUUCUUUACCUCAGUGCUCCUCCCCAAAUUAGUUUGAAUAGUGCCCACAUUCUAUUUUUUUUAUUUAUUUUUAUUAGUUGGAGGCUAAUUACUUUACAAUAUUGUAGUGGUUUUUGCCAUACAUUGACAUGAAUCAGCCAUGGAUUUUAAAUGUGCAUGUAUGGACAAGUACAAAAAUACAUAGAUAAGGGAGUGAGUUUGUGUGUGUGUGUUUGUGUGUGUGUGUGUGUGUGCUUUUUAGAAAGAUGGUUUAACUGAGCUCUUGUUUCCUGUCUGUACUAUUAUAAAUUGCUUUUAUAAACUGCUGAAUGAUAAAGGACAGAGAGAGCUCUCCAAAUAACAUUCUCACUUGGUGUGUUGUGUGUUUAAAUCUGUGAUUCUGACAGGUUUCAUAGAAGCAGGCUUCCUGAAUAGUCAUUUUAAAAAUUAAGUGAAAACUCAUUAGUGGCAAAUUACACAAAAUGAUUUUAAGCCCCAGGAGGCUGACUCUAUGUACAUAUUGAGUAGUCAUUUGUUCUUAGUUUACUGUAUAAAUAUAGCCAAUUAAAUUCAUUGUAAAAAAAAACUGAAUUGUGUUUGGUAUAAAACUGGUACAGUGCUUCAGAUUUUAACACUUUGACAUUUUAAAGCACAUAUAAUAAUUUGGGGACAUCUGGCAACUAAUGAGACUGUAGAUUUCUGAUUCAUUUUAUCCAUUAUUUCAUCGCUUUGCCUGUUUUCUUUUUUUUUUUUUGUAGGUCUGAACAAAAUUAAGAAGAAAGAGCUUCUACAAUCACAGCAGAUGAAGAUCCACUAGUAAAUUGAUCAAGAUUUUUGACCAGCCCUCCAAAGAAAAGGAGCGGAAAGAAUGUCGGAGCGGGCCGCGGAUGACGUCAGGGGGGAGCCGCGCCGAACGGCGGCGGCGGCGGCGGCGGGCGGAGCAGCGGCCGCGGCCGCCCGGCAGCAGCAGCAGCAGCCUUCUCAGCCCCAGCGGCAGCCGCCGCCGCCGCGGCGCCUACGGCCGGAGGACGGUGGCCCUGGCGCCGCCUCCACCUCGGCCGCCGCCGCAAUGGCGACCGUCGGGGAACGCCGGCCCCUGCCGAGUCCCGAAGCGAUGCUGGGACAGUCGUGGAAUCUGUGGGUCGAAGCUUCCAAACUUCCUGGGAAGGACGGGACGGAAUUGGACGAAAGUUUCAAGGAGUUUGGGAAAAACCGCGAAGUCAUGGGGCUCUGUCGCGAAGACAUGCCAAUAUUUGGUCUCUGUCCAGCCCACGAUGAUUUCUACUUGGUGGUGUGUAACGACUGUAAUCAGGUUGUCAAACCACAGGCAUUUCAAUCACAUUAUGAAAGAAGACAUAGCUCAUCCAGCAAGCCUUCUUUGGCCGUUCCUCCCACUUCAGUAUUUUCCUUCUUCCCUUCUCUGUCCAAAAGCAGAGGAGGUGGUGGAAGUGGAAGCAGCCGUUCUUCCAGCGGAGGUGUUCUGAGCACGGCCUCGUUAAGUUCCAAGUUGUUGAAGUCGCCCAAAGAGAAACUGCAGCUCCGGGGGAGCAGGCCGAUGCACCCCAUCCAGCAAAACCGAGCCCCGCACGGCAGAAUCAUGACGCCCUCUGUCAAAGUGGAAAAGAUUCAUCCGAAGAUGGAUGGCACACUACUGAAAUCCGUGGCGGGGCCCCCCUGUCCUGCUCCUGUGAGCUCCUCAGUCAAGCCUGGCCUUAACUGCCCCUCAAUACCAAAGCCAACCUUGCCUUCACCUGGACACAUUCUGAAUGGCAAAGGGCUUCCUGCACCGCCUGUUCUGGAAAAGAAGUCAGAAGAUUGCUCCAAUAACAGGAAGUUUUUAAAUAAGAGAUUAUCAGAAAGAGAAUUUGAUCCUGACAUCCACUGUGGGGUCAUCGAUCUUGACACCAAGAAGCCCUGCACCCGGUCUUUGACGUGCAAGACACAUUCCUUAACCCAGCGGAGGGCUGUCCAGGGUAGAAGAAAACGAUUCGACGUGUUGUUAGCCGAGCACAAAAACAAAACCAGGGAAAAGGAAUCGAUUCGCCAUCCGGACUCUCAGCAACCAGCGCAGCCUCUCAGGGACCCACAUCCCACCCUUCCUAGAACGUCACAGGAGCCACACCAAAACUCUCACGGAGUGAUUCCCUCCGAAUCAAAGCCUUUCAUAGCUAGUAAACCUAAACCUCACACCCCCAGUCUUCCAAGGCCUCCAGGCUGCCCUGCUCAGCAAGGUGGGAGUGCCCCCAUUGACCCUCCUCCAGUCCAUGAGUCUCCACACCCUCCCCUGCCUGCCACUGAGCCAGCUUCUCGGUUAUCCAGUGAGGAGGGAGAAGGCGAUGACAAAGAAGAGUCUGUUGAAAAACUGGACUGUCAUUAUUCAGGUCAUCAUCCUCAGCCAGCAUCUUUUUGCACAUUCGGGAGCCGGCAGAUUGGAAGAGGCUAUUACGUGUUUGACUCCAGGUGGAACCGGCUUCGCUGCGCCCUCAACCUCAUGGUGGAGAAGCAUCUGAACGCGCAGCUCUGGAAGAAGAUCCCACCCGUUCCCAGUACCACAUCGCCUGUGUCCACACGUGUUCCUCACCGGACAAACUCUGUGCCGACGUCACACUGCGGGGUUAGCUACCUGGCAGCAGCCACCGUGUCACCUGCCCCCGCCCCGCUCUCGUCCAGCUGCAUCUCCCCCGGCAGUAAGUCGGUCCCAGCUCACGGAACCACGCUGAACGCCCAGCCUGCCGCCUCGGGGGCCGUGGACCCUGUGAGCAGCAUGCAGUCCAGACAAGUGUCUUCCUCCUCCUCCUCGCCCUCCACGCCCUCCGGCCUGUCCUCCGUCCCGUCCUCCCCCAUGGCCCGGAAACCUCAGAAGCUGAAAUCCAGCAAGUCUUUGCGGCCCAAGGAGUCUUCUGGUAACAGCACGAACUGUCACAACGCCAGUAGCAGUGCCGGCGGCGGCUCAGGAAAGAAACGCAAAAACAGCUCCCCACUCUUGGUUCCCUCCUCCGCCUCCUCGUCGUCCUCGUCCUCUUCUUCUCAUUCCAUGGAGUCUUUUAGGAAAAACUGUGUGGCUCACUCUGGACCGCCCCACCCCGCAGCAGUAGCCUCUGCCCCGGGCAUCAGCCUCAACUGCGUGGCCAGCCGAGCGAACUCGGUGGGCGGCCGGCACGAGCAGCCAGGGUGCCGGGGCACCCCCAUUGGGAGCCCCUGCGAGUCCAUCAAGAGGAUGAGCGUGAUGGUCAACAGCGGCGAUUCCACACUCUCCCUCGGCCCCUUCGUGCACCAGGCCGGCAGCGAGCUUCCUGUCAACUCCCACGGCGCCUACCCGCACUCGCACACUCCUUUGGACAAGCUCCUAGGAAAGAAGAGAAAGUGCUCACCCGUCUCAAGCGGUGUCAGCAGCAGCGGCGGCAGCGGCAAGCCCACCAAGGUGGCCAAGCUGCCGGCCGUGAACAACGUCCACGCGAAACACACGGGCCCCAGCCCGGGGGCACCGGGGCUGACGAACAGUUCCCUCCUCCAUCAGGGUACUUUCUGUCUUUGCUUACAAGCGGGAAUUUCAGCAGUAUCACCUCAGAGCUCUGCUUUAAAAUCCAAAGGCCCGUCCCUGACAGCUGGAAAUAGCACGGGGAGGAAUAAUGUGGACACUUUUGACGACAAGUUACACCUCCACUCAGCACUCUGGAUUCCACGACACCUUUGAGUCUGUUCUCCCAGCCUCCUGUAGGCCUCGAGGGUAGAAAUCUGCCGGGCUGUUGUUUUAACGAGGAUGCCCCUGAAGCUUAACUCACUGCCCCUGUAGCAGUGAGUACUUGUUAAAGGACACUGGAUCAAGUCCAGCCAUCAAGUUGCUUUUAUCAGUGUUAGAGUGGUCUGGACAGCUUGCUGCCAUCUGUGAGAAGUUCCUGUCUUGUUGAACCUGCAAUAUAUCACCAAGCCGCUCUUAGAGGAGGUUGGCUGGUGCAAGUGUCUUGGCAAGACUGUGACUGUAGUCUUUUCUCCCUCCCUCCUUCUCCCUGCCUAGGUCUUCCCUCACCCUGGCAUCUGUAGGUCCCAGGUCCCUCUCCAGCAGUCACAUACCAUAACUGGAGAGACCUCUGGGGGCAAGCAGAGCUGCACUCCCGAGCAGCCCCCUAGAGAAGGGGGUCUGUGGCUAGGAGUUUACAUCAGGGGUCCGGAACGGAGUGUGGAUGUUAGUGUAAGGCGCCGUGAUAAAAGAGUCUCUGUUUUCACCCAGCCUUUUGCAAGUAAUUUGGGAUCAGAGGCUGUCAGAAGUUUUUCAUGUAUGAACUGGUUUAAAAGCCAUUGAUGGCCAGAGAGCAAGGAUACACCAGUUUAGAGGCUUACUUUUCAUGGUACAAAAGCAAUUCUGUGUGAAUUUGAAAAAAAAAAAAGAAAAUGCAGACAAUUUUGAUCAUGGAAAGUCAAAUUUUGGUGGGAGGGGGCAGAUAAAAAUCACUGUGGGGGGAAGUUUUCCAUGAUUUCCAAAGAGAUUGAUUUUUUUUUUUUUUUAACCUUUGUUUUCAUGUUAAACAAUAUGAUUGGGCCAGUUGUCCUGCUUAGGCUCCUGUUUUUAAAAAUUGCCUUUGUAACGUGAAGUAACUGGGAUGCAGCAGAAUCUGUCAUUCACCAAGUCACUGGAAUACUUAAAUGUUUCCAAAGCACUCUGCAUUACCCCCAACCUCUGUGGAUACUGUCCUGGGACUAAGUGUAAAUUUCUGCUUGGAGCACUCCCAAUGUGUGUAUCUGCACACCGCAUCCUGCCACUGCACACGUUUCUGUGGAUGCCACUGAGGUGGGCAGCAGGCACCCAGGGAGGGGUGCAGGUGACGGUACCACUGCCCAUGUCGAGGUGGUGGGGUGCUCCUUGACAUACCUCCUUUCUUGGGAUUAAUGCCUGUGAUCUUCCUGAGGGUUUGAGAGACCACCCCCUACUCCCCCUACCCCCGCCCACCCAGAAUGUUUUUUCUAGUACUUAACCCCCAGAGAAAGAGUUUGAUAGGUUAAGGCAUUUCUGCCUGAGAAGGUGCCAUUGAAUUUGAGGGGAUGAGCUGGAGCUUUUCCAUAGUUGAUUCCACCGGCAGCUCCUGACAGGAGAACCAGGCAAUUUCGCUGCCAACCACAGGGUAAAUUUCCCAAGGCUCCGAUCAUGGCCCCAGGUAGAGCUGGGACAGAGCCAGUCAGUGCAUCUGUUUUCCUUACAAUUCUUGGGUUACAAACUUCAGAUUCAGGGAAUUUUCAGUCAACAACAGGUAGAAUGAAUAAAUACUUGGUUACCAGCCUAAUAAUGUGAAUCGCUACAGAAUUAUUAUGUAAGAUAACAAAGUUUAUGGAGAUACUUUAGCUAUAAAUUGAUGUAAAAUAUUGAUUCUUUUUUUUAAAGGAAGGGGAGAACAGUAACUUGUUCAGUUAUUAUGCAAUCAAUUAGUAAAUGUUUUUAAAAUGAUACUGUAGGAGAGCUUGUGAGAAGACUGCACAGAUGGGCCCAUUUGGUGUAGUUAGCAGAGGUCAGUCUGGUUUUUCAUCCCAGGAGAGAGAGGAGGAGGUAAGAGGAAAUCAGAACGUACCUAGCUGAUUCCUCAGUGACAAGUGCAAUGGGGGAUGGGUAGAAUUUAUUUUCAGAGCCAAGGGGACUUGAUGGUUAUAAAUAAAGUUGCUUUUAGUGAUGGAAUUGUAGACAGAUCAUGUUGUUCCAGAAGAUGUGAAUAGGACCCAUGAUAGAAAGUUGACUCAGAAUAAUGUAGAUAUUUAGAUAAACGAGUCUUGAUCCUUUGAUUUCUUAGAUUGAGGUUUUAAUUUCAUUAUUGUCUCCCGGUAGUACACAGAGCAUCGGGAUUAGGAAAUUAGCCAUUUUGGACUCUGCCUGCCACAAACAGACCUAUUCUAAACAGUGCUAUUAAAUUUUAGACUGUUGUCCAAAUAUUUUUAUUUUCUCCUACAACUACUUUUUACUAUAAUGAACAAGUAAGACCAUUUAAAACACGGGAGUACAAGUAUUUUUUUGAACUAAAUUAACUUGCAGAAACCAAAUUUGCAGUGGUUGGGUUGUUUCUAGACAGACUUUGGUAUCAAUUUAAAACCAAGAUAAUUUUUAUAUUCUUUCCAAUAGAAUUUCGUGACAACUCCUGCAGUUUUCUUAACCUACAAAAAAAGAAAAAGUGCUGCAAUGAUGAACAAAGAAUUAUACAAAAACCUACUUUUGUAUCUUUAUUUUGGAAUUUCUUGUUCUAUUAUAAAUAUGGAAGUAUCCCUAUUUGAGAAGACAUAUUUUGUUAAAAAUGAAUUGUACAUAUUUAAAUAUGUAUUUUUGCACAGGUCUUUUUUUCUGAUAUCCUGUUUUGGUACAAUUGAGAUCAUCUAGUAUUUAUUUAUUAAUUAAUAAAAGUAAAUACCUUUUUAUAAUUUGAAGUGGUUCACUGCCAAGCCAAUAGUUCUAGGACCUGCCUCCUUUACCAUGUAAGGGACGCCUCUGUUCUGUGAAAGUCUUUUGUCCCUUUCAGUGUCUCGGGAGUGGAUUCACGCAGAUGAAGUGGGCAUUGCUUCUCCCUAGUUGCUUGACUUCCCCAUAGACUACAUGUAACGGGUGACACUGCUUUUCUUUCGUUACGUGUGAGAGUGAGUGUGCGCGCCCCGAGCACACGCGUGUUAGUAUGUGAGUGGUUAAAACUAAUGGGAAAAACACAAAACUGAAAGUGCCUGAACCUAGUUUUAAGCUUAGACAGAUUCUUUAAAAAGACUUGAAUGUUCAGUUGAACUUUUUUGGAGUUUGCUUUUUCCACCUAAAUAUUGUUACUUAAAUUUUAGGGGAGGAGUUGAAAACCACCAAAUGCUGGUAAUUUUAUAAGGUAUUUUAAAAUCAAGACCUUUUGGUUCACAGGAAUUCAACUGGUGAUGAAUUGCCCAGUGGCACCAAGGGUUAUAAAUCUUCUGUCAGCCAGCAGCUUACACAGCGUGUCCGUUUUGUUACUCACUCGUGAAAUGCAGAGUUUAAAAUAGAAUAUUUAAAAUAUUUUGUAUUCCAAAAAUAUAAUACAGAGUACCUCUGAGAACAUUGAAAAAAAAUGUAUAAUUUGAAAAAAUGUAACUUAUAAAGGCAGCUGUCUUCCUGCAAGAGUUCUGUUGCCAAGGAAUUUCUUAAUGUCUCUCAUUCUGUCCUGCGGUGGGGGGAAAAGUUGGGCUUUGGAAAAAUGAUUGUUAAAAGUUUCAUUAUGUUUAGCAGAAAAAUAACCAUUUUUACAUUUUGUGUAAAGCCUUUUACAUUUUCGGAUCAUUUAAAUGAGCACUACAUCCUGUCAGUGUGAGUGUAGGGCCUUGAAAGCAUUUUGCCGGUUUCUUUUUUUUUUUCCCUUUGAGCUUGGUUAUAAAAGCAAUCUCCUGUUUAAAAUGUGUGAAUAGUUUGAUCAUUUGUACACAUAAUCAAGAGCAUCUCAGCUGGACUUUUUGUUGGCUGCUGUAUAGAACAUGAACAAAUGUCAAGGGAUAGAAGAUUACUUUGGAUAUUUAAAAGAGAAGAAAUAUAUAGUCUAUUUGUUUUGUAACAAGUUCUGUAAAUAAAAUAAUUUAUACUAUUUAUAAGAAAAGUUGUGCUUUGCUUUAUGAGAAAUUAGUUUGUGGAACAAACAUGUUAACGGGCAAUAAAACUAGGAUUUCUCAAUAAAUAAGGUUGGCUGCAUGAAAUA